UUUUUAAUUUUUCAUGACCUGUCUUUGUUUUUUUAGAUGGAGAAAUUAUGGCUAUACGUGUAGAGCCCUGUGAGAACGAACCGUGUUCCUUCUUCAGGGGCAAAACCGUUGUAGCUGAAGUGGAUUUUGUCGCAAACCAAGAUUCCCAGGCUCUUUCUAAUGACAUCAAAGCUAAGGUUUUAAUUAUCGACAUGCCAUUUCCCGGGUUAAAGGUCAACGCAUGUGAAGACAACGGUAUCAACUGUCCUAUCACUAAAGGCCAGACAUAUACGUACAGGUUCAAUCUUGAAGUGAAAUCCUGGUUUCCAAAGAUUUCCACGACAGUCACCUGGCGCCUGAAAGGAGAUCAGGGAGACGUGUUUUGUUUCAAGACUGAUGUUGAUGUUGCAUAAAACAGACGGGAGUUUUAUGUUUAGACAAUAAAACCUUCUUUAUCUCUU